GUCAUUGUGACAUUGUCAUUUGCCGAAGUUUUUCUAUUUCCUCUUCAGUUUCAGAAAGUUUGUUUUUGUGAUAAACUGUGAUAAUAAAUCCUUUUAUCUGUAUAACUAAUCAGAAAUAUGCUCAAAAGAGGUAAAAUUUGAUACUAGAUAUAUUAGAAUAGCUCUCGUUUAGUUGCGUGUUUGUCAAUAUGUGUGAUCUUACUUCUACUGACGCGGUGCACUGGCGGUUUAGGAAGAAUCCCCCCGUCGUUGGUGGAGGAGGCAGCGUUGGAGGCUUGAAGAUAGCUCUGGUGCAGAUGGCGGUGGGCCCGGACAAAGCCAAGAACGUGGCGGCCGCCGUCAAGGAGAUCCACAAGGCCAAGAAAGAUGGCGCGCAACUUGUGGCCUUGCCGGAGUGUUUCAACUCGCCUUAUGGGACCAAAUUCUUCGACGAGUAUGCAGAGGAAGUGCCUUCUGGGGAAACAUGCCGCGCUCUAUCCCGGGCGGCGGCCGAAAACGGUGUUUGCGUGGUGGGCGGCACCGUGCCCGAGCGAGUCGGCGGUGACCUUUACAACACCUGCACCGUGUGGGACGCCAGCGGGAAACUACUAGCUCAGCACAGGAAGGUACACCUAUUCGACAUAGAUAUUCCGAACAAGAUAACGUUCAAAGAGUCCGAAGUCCUUUCGGCUGGAGACCAGAUCACCACGUUCGAAUUCAACGGCGUCAAGAUCGGGCUCGGCAUCUGCUACGACCUGCGCUUCGGCGAGAUGUCGCACAUCAUGGCACAAGAAGGCUGUUCCCUGCUAAUCUACCCGGGGGCCUUCAACAUGACGACCGGCCCCCGCCAUUGGGAGCUUCUAGGGCGGGCGCGCGCCAACGACCACCAGCUGUGGGUGGCGCUAGUGAGCCCCGCGCGCGACACCAGCGCCGGCUACGUCGCGUGGGGCCACUCCACACUUGUGGACCCCUGGGGGGCCGUCGCUGCCAAGCUAGAUGAGAAGCAAGGCACGCUGCUGGCUGAUAUUGGUGAGCAAUGAAUAAUGAUACAGUUGCCUUAAGUAUGGGAGCUUCGAGGGCGGGCGCGCGCCAACGACCACCAUCUGUGGGUGGCGCUAGCAGAGU